UUUCAUAGAAACUUUGAUUAUUGCCGGCUGUUUUCCACGGUAGACCUGAUAAAAAUUUCUUUGAUCUGAUAUCACCUAUUUUAGCCCUAUUCCUAUUUUUAUAUUUACCUAUCAAAUUGUGUGAAGUUGAAAAAACACUCUCACCAGCAUUUGGUUUUGCAACUAAGCUAAAAGUUUCUAUUUUUUGCCAAUCAUGAGGCACGUGUAUUUCAGGUUACGUCAAUCCAACAUAAAUAAAUUUUUUACUCGUAAAUUAAACAACAUAGAAAAUUCUAAAUUAUCUGAAAAUCAGAAAAACACAUUACAACUUACUGAUGAGAUAGAAACACUUAAAGACAGGUUAAUUUAUUGUGAUGCUAUUCAUCGUAAAAUGUAUUUUUCUCAUGAAAAAAAUAAAAACAAUGAAGAGCAUUCCACUGCUUUACAAUCUUUAAGUGUUGCUCUAAAAUACAUAAGUAAUGAUAAUUGUAAUAUUCAGAAACAGAUGACAACCCAUCAAAAUAACGAAAUUGCAGAGAAUACAUCAGGACCAAUUUUUAUGCCUUAUCAACAAACUGAUCAAUAUAGCAAGACCGAAGUGAAUUAUUCAGAUGAUUUGUCUAAGGAUACAAUUCCAGUUUUAAAUGAUAAGUAUUCUAAUUUGUAUGAGUUAUAUUUAAAUGCUAAGAAGAAAAAACUUUCAAGAAGAAAACUCUCUCGGAUUCGUCAGGAAAUAUUCGGAAACUACGAUUCUACAGAUACACCAUCUAAAGUUCCACAAAAUUGGAUGGCUGAUUAUGAACAUCAUAACGAUUCAAUGGUGUCUGAUUCAUAUUUCGGAACACCUAAUCAAAAAAUCCCUGUAAGUAGCAUUCCAUGUGGUGGAUGUGGUGCUUUAUUACAUUGUCAAGAUCCCGCUAUACCCGGGUAUCUUCCAUCUGAAUUAUUUAUUAAUAUAAAAAAGAGCGAUUUAAAAAACACUAUUUGUCAACGAUGUCAUUUCUUAAAAUACUACAAUACAAUGGUUGAAGUUAGAGUUCCUACUGAAGAAUAUCCAGAAAUAUUGAGUCAACUAAAAUUGAGUACAAAAAAAGCUCUUGUAUUAUUGAUGGUUGAUCUGACAGACUUUCCUUGUAGUAUUUGGCCAAAUUUAUCAGACAUUAUUGGAAGACAUACGCCUUUCUUUGUAGUCGGAAACAAAAUUGACUUACUACCACCUGACUGUCCUGAAUUUAUAAGCAAUGUUGAACAAUCAUUAUUAGAAGCCUUGGAAAAAUCAGGCAUUCGAAAAAAAAAUAUUCAACAUCUAGCAUUAAUUUCUUCUAAAACUGGAUAUGGAGUAGAACAACUGAUAACUAAAUUACAAUCCACAUGGAAAUAUGAAGGUAAUGUUUAUAUGAUUGGAUGCACUAAUGUUGGAAAAUCAACUUUAUUCAAUACACUUCUUCAAUCUGAUUUCUGUAUGACUGGAGCUACUAAUCAUUUUCAACCAGCCACGAUGUCACCUUGGCCUGGUACAACUUUAAACGUUUUAAAGUUUCCCAUUCUUAAUCCUGUUCGAUGGCGUUUAUAUUUACGAAUGCAAAGACGAAAAUGGGAACAACAACAAGAAAAUUUCAGUCUUGAAUUGAGAAAAAAUCAAUAUUAUAAUACAAAAGACAUACGAUUUGCUACAUUACAAGAAAGUAUUGGUAGAACGUUUUCAAAAAUAACAGAUAAAAAUGAAUCUUACAAAAAUUGUCGUUGGUGUUAUGAUACUCCUGGUGUAGUUCACUCUAAUCAAAUAUUACAUUUUCUAACUACAGAAGAAUUACUACUUACAUUACCAAAGCAAAUGAUAAGACCUAGAACUUUUCUAUUUAAACCAGGACAAACAUUAUUUCUUGCUGGUUUAGGUAGGGUUGAUCUUUUAACUGGACCGGUCUAUAUUAGGAUUACCGUUUUUGCGAGUGACAAAUUACCAGUAACUAUAUGUCACACUGUUGAUGCUGAUUCGAUGUAUGAUAAGUUACUUUCAACUGGAGUUUUUAUAGUGCCAGCAAAUAAUCAAGAGAGAUUAAAACUUUGGCCAAAAUUAGCUAGUAAAGAUUUUAGUGUUGAUGGAGUUGAUGAUACAACAUCUGCUGCUGACGUUCUUUUAUCCAAUGCAGGAUGGAUUGCCGUUACUCCAAAUAAAAAUGAAAAAGUUAGCUUAAGAGCAUGGACCUUAGAAGGGAGAGGAAUAUAUUUAAGAACUCCGGCAGUUCUGCCUAAAUCUGUAUCAUUACGUGGUGCAAGAAUUAAUAAUACUGCAACCUAUCAGCCUGGUCGUCAAGUUUAUGUUAAAAAAUAAUAAGAUUAUUAUUAUUAUUGUAUAUAAUUAAAAAAGAAGUAAUGAUUUAAAUUGUCAUUCAAUUAGAACAUUUAUAUAAUGUUAAUAUUAUUGAUAAUUAAAAUUGUAAUAUAAAUCGUGUAAAAUAUCGUAUUAAA